GAAAGAGUAUCUGUGUUCACAAUAUAGUGUUUUUCGCCGUUUCAAUCGCAGCUAUGUUAAUCUUAUUAUUCUGACCAACGAAGGUAUAACGCGUGGUACGUAAAGCAUCAUCUCACCGGAGACACUCUCAAGACCAAAACGCACAAAAAUGGCACGUGCUCCGCUGACCAAGGAGGAAAUCGAGAAGCUUAACAACAUUGCUGAUGUCUUCAAACUCCUUACUAUUCACGGUAUCCCCUUUGAGGGUGUUACUGAUGUGAAAGGAGCGCAACGAUUGCUGAUGGCAAAGUACUACCAGCAGUCAGGAGCAACUAUGAGAAAGCCUGGAGACGGGGCAGUGGUGAUGGCAGGGGCCCUGGAUGUUGACAAGAAAAGGAGGAAGGAACUUCUCAGCUUGUUGUCAAGCAUUCAAGGGUUUCUAAGAUCUUUGGAGCCUGAUGUUAUACAACAGCUGGACUUCCGAUGUGGCCAUGGGGGCAGUGUGAGGGCUGUUCUUGGUUACUGUGAACAUAAACUGAGAAAGGAUGAUUGCCCCAUUCUUGUAGCAGGGGAGACAUCUGCAGGUAAAAGCACACUGUUGAACGUCCUUCUUGGAGAACCUCUCCUACCAACCUCCGUCCUCAGCACAACAUCCAUCAUCUGCGAACUCAAGCACGGUCGGCCUCAAAGGGCUGUUUUCCACAGGAAGGGACAUGGACCUGCAACCCGUUCAAGACAAGAAACAGUGUUAUUGGAUGGGUCAACUGAAGAAAACAUGAAGAAGCUGUCAGAUAAGGUUCACCUCAAAGGAGAGGAAAGAGAGACUGCCCCUGACUAUGAAAAAGUUGAGAUCUACUGGCCGCUUGCGCUCCUUGAGGGUGGUAUAUUCAUCGUAGACAGUCCUGGGGUUGGAGAAAGCAAGCUGAUGGACGGCCUGGUGAGCCAAUACAUAGGACAGGCCUGUGCCUUCAUCUACGUCCUCAACAGCUCCAAUGCCGGUGGUGUUCAACCAGGGAAGCUCCAAUCUUUGUUGGCGAACUGUCGUGAGAAACAUCCUGAAGACAUGCAGCUCUUUGAUCCAAAGACCGCAGUGUUUGUCUGUAACAAAUGGGAUCAAGUACCUGACAAGGAGAGGGAACAGGUCAGGGCAGAAAUCAUCCGACAGCUGGAAAAACACUGGAGCAGGAACUACAAGCUGGAUCCAAAGUCACAGGUGUUUUGCCUGUCUGCCACUGAGGCUGAAAAGGCCCAGGAAGUUGGAUAUGUUGCAGAAGACCUUGAGCAACUGCUAGAAGGCAUCGAUGCAUUGCUCCCACAAAGUCUUCGACACAAGCUUACCAUGCAAUACUGCAUAAUUGUGAAAGUUGUUCAGGAACUCCAUAAGAUCUUGAAGGUAAAGCUCCACAAUGCCCACAAGACAAAAGAGCAACGAGAAGCAGAGGCAAAGUCUAUCAGGGUCAGACUUGAGAUGUUUAAGCAGUAUGCAGAUGAAGUCAUGCAAAGGCUGGAUGAACAACUCCAGCAACAUAUUGCAGAUGCAAAUCAUGACUUGCUGAAUAAUCUAUGCAGUGAUGAAAUGAGAGAAGAGAUUGUAGAAGAGGCUAUGAAACAGGCACCAACCUUGACCAAAGAGGAGGAAAAGGACUGGAAAGGUGUCAGAAGUACCACAGUAAACCUGGUUUCACACCUUAUUGAGGAAAAGGUACAGGCCUGGGACAGCACCAACAUGUACUUUGACAGGAUGGAGCAUAAUCUGAUCGACAAUUUCAAGAAAGAGUUUCAUCUGAUUGAGGACAGGCACCAUGAAGAGAUACAGAAAGCGCUUGAUCCUGACUUGAAGACAGGUCCUGCCAAGAAGAAGAACAGGGUUACAGCUGAUGAUGAUGACCUCUCAAUGCCCACAGGUGGAAAGAUAGCACUUGGUGUAACUGCACCACUGUGGAUCCCUCUCACUGUUGCAACUGGCUUGUCUGCACUAGUGCUGGCACUGCCUGUUGUUGCAUUUGUUGCUGCCAAAGAGAACAUUUCAGAAGCACUAGAGAGAAGUAGAUUCAUCAAAAUGUAUCGUAAUGAGGAAAGCAGGAAGAGGUACUUUGAAGAUCUGACAUCGAAGGCCUUAAAUGGUAUAUCUGAAGACAGGGAACUACAGUCUAGCCUAGUUGAGAAAAGGCUCUCAAAACCCAUUGCCAUCCUGAACAACCUCAAGGAAGCCAUACCAAAUCUUGUUGCAGCUGACAAAAACUUGCUUGAUGUUCUUGCAGCUGAAUCACGUGGCCAGGACUUUCUUCUCAGCCUAUAUCUACCACUUGUUAAGGGAUGCAGAACACUGCAGGGUCAGAUGGAAAUGUUUGAGCUGAAGUUUCUGAGCAGUUGCAAGAACAACCUUGACAAAAUCCUCAACGAUAAGACACAGAAGAUUGGCUCUGGACAGUUUGGCGAUGUGUUCAAAGUGAAAGUGAGUCGUGGCAAGAAGACAGUUGAUGCAGCAAUCAAGGUGGCCAAGGAACCCAUCACUGUCAACAAUGUCACUUCAUUUCUUCAAGAGAAAAACAACCUGAGGUUCCUGAAUCAUGCCAAUGUUUUGGAGUACUAUGCAACAGCAACAGCUAUCCAUGAAGAUUAUGUGAGAGUUGGCAUUGUCACUGAGCUUUGUCAAGCAACUUUGAUGGAAUGGUUGCAAUCCUAUAAGGAGAGGACACCAGCAAGAUGGGGAGAUGAGACUCAAGACAUGUAUGGAAUGUACAUAGGUGCAUUUCUCAACAUACGGGAAAUUGGCACACAACUGUGCGAGGGACUGUCUUACAUCCAUGGGGAAGGAUACAUACACCGUGACCUCAAGGCUGAUAACAUUCUGGUCACUGCAGGUGGAAUUGUGAAGCUAGCUGACUUGGGCCUAACCAAGAAGAUGGUUGACCAGACAGGUACAAUGUGUGGGACCCCUGUGUAUGCAGCUCCGGAGGUGUUUGCAGAGAACAUGGACUAUGAUCAGUCAGCAGACAUCUACAGCCUUGGUUUUGUCCUUCUCGAGAUCUGGUAUGGCGUACCUGUAUAUGAAGAUCAGGUCUUCUUGAAAAAGAUUACAGAGAAGGCCGAUCUUCCUUCACAGCUAUUUUUGUCUUAUUUACUGCCACCAAUUCAGCAAUGGCAGAAGCUCAUUAAGAAAUGCUUUAACAAGGAUAAAGAUUCAAGACCAUCUGCUUUGGUGUGUUUGAAGGAGUUGAAAGGCAUGAAACUUCCAGGAUUCCAACCCCAAUAGAUUUUCAAAAACCAACAUUGUACUCAUGCAGUCAGGAUAUUUGUUAUGAUUUUACUUCUGAUUUGUGUGUGUUUUCUAUUAACUCAGGACCAAUUUGAAAGAGAGGACAUUGUUACAUUGUAAAGAUAAAGACCAAAUGAUAAAAGGAUGAGGUGUAGUAUGAAAUUCCCCUUUUAAAUACAAUGAUAACAUGUAUAUAUUGUACAGUAUUUUGUAUUGAAUGUACACAUGUACAAUGUAUAUGAUGCCAUAUAUAAUGGCACUGUGUUGCUAAAUGAAAUAUUUUACUAAAGGAUGGGCAAGUAUAUAUACAGAAAAUUCUGCCAUGCUGUAAUGCAAUUCUGUACGCCUUUCCACAGGUUUUGAGUUGUGAUUGGAAUGAACUGUAUCAUACAACAGAUUGAUCAUUUAUUACGUAUGGACAAUUUGGUUGUAAGAUAAACACAAUAAUGUUUGUCCAGAGGAUACUAGGGCUACCAAAGUAGAAUUCACUAUGAAACAGUUAAAAAUUUGUCAUUUACAUGUACCUUCAUGUCAUAUAAAUGUUACAUAACAUGCAUUUAUCACAGAUAAAGAAUAUGUACAUGUGUCAGUGAAGGUUAGACAUCCAGGUAAUAAGAUACACACACAAAAAAAAAAACAGUUACUCAAGCAACUGGAUAUGAUUUUGGAAAAGGUCAGACAUUUCAGGUAGCAUCUACUACCUUUUGUCAGUAUAUAUACAUGUAUAUGUACAUGUAUUAAGCCUUGUAUGACUGUGAUGAACAUGUACAUGAUAUUAUGUAAGUGACUUUCAAUACACACACACACACACCAGGAAAUUUACUAGCAAACAACUCACAAUAUUGACAGAAGUAUUACCAGUAUUCUCAUAUACUAGUAUUUAGGGAUGUGGAAAAUGGUACAUGUAUGCAGAAGCUUCAUCAAAUUGUGAUUUUACUGGCUUCCCCCCAAAGAUAUUUGUGAUCAUAUUCAACAGUUUUCUUCUUCUCUCUUAGUACUUGUAUUGUACAAUACAUGACUGGUCACUUUGUCAUUGUAAAAUUGUACCCGUCCAUCAGCAAUUUUGGGACAUUCAAACAUUUGUAGUUCAAGGAGCAUCAAUGUUAUUAUUAGGGACAGUAAUAUUAACACAAAGAAGUGAUCAACAAAAACAAGUGACAACUGAUAAAUGAAUUAAAUUAAAAUGGAUACUUUAUACCCAAUGGUCCACUUGUCAAUUUUGUUAGGACAAGGUUAAAUUGAAAGAUGGAAGUCAAAAUUUUUUUUCUGAUAUAUAGAAAUGCAUGGCAUUACAUUACAGCAGAUAUUCAAUGAUUGAGAAAACACUAUGCUUUGACUGGCAUACAUUUAGGGAGGCAGUUUGUUGACAAAGUAGUGUUAUUUUGGUGAAAAAAAUUGUUACCAUGGAAACUGACACAAACCUUCAACAUUUGUCAACUCUGUCGUUUUCC